GCAGCCCUCACCCCAACUUCCGCUCCAGACCUGGGAUUCCACACCGCUCAGCCAAUGCACCUGGCUCCUGACCUGCACUCGCCUCUCUGCUCUGCCCUUUCCGUCCUGGGUUCCCACACAAUCUAGUCAGUUCACCUCAGCCUGACCUGCAGCAUCCCUCCUGCUAGUCCAGCCCUGGGAAUCCACACCGUUCAGCCCAUGCACUCAGCCCUGACAACAGCACCCCUUGCUAUCCCAGAUCUGGACCUCUUCUGAGCGGAGACUGCCAAACUACGUGGUGAGGAGUAUGUGGUGCGCAGACCACACAAUCUCCACACAUUCGAACCCAAAUCUCCAGAGAUGAAAGGCCCCUCCGUGAACUCACCACUUGCAGCACCACCCGCUAUCUAACUCCCCUUCUUUCAGGCAGGGAUUUCGCCUGCUUGAUGCUUGCAGCUUCCCCCUUUCUCUCCCUCUGGGCUUUUACAUUUCUUCCACUCUGACCCAUUAGGUAUUUACUGACAGCGCAAUGUGACUUUUAACACCGGUUCUCCAUGUGCACUGCCCUGCAGAAUUGGGCCAGAUAAAACCGCUCCCCAAACCCAGGGGCUGGACAUUUUCCUCCCUCUCUACUCUCUCACUGUAGCAGCCAAGCGAAGGAUUCCGCUUUCUUUCUCUCUUUCUUUUUCCAUCCCUCCCUCCGUUAGUGCAAGACGCAAGAUCCUGCCGAGGGAAAGUGCUCAUUGAAAUCAUCACCACCACCGAUCCGGCGCCUGAGGCUCAGAGGAAAUAAAACCCCUUUAUAGCCAACCUCCUGCGGCUGAGGACUUAAUAGCAUGGCAAUGGCUCCAGGCUCUAAGAGAUUCACACUCACCUUUGUCCAGUACAUGGGAUCUGUCUGUUUCCUCCUCCAGAUCGUCUCUGUUGAGGCUGAUGGGAAGUUGUUCACAGUUGAAUCCAGAAACAGCUCUCAGGAUCUGGACCUAACCGCAGCUCAGAAAUUGUGUACUGACCUGGGCGCUCGCUUAGCCACUGCAGAGGAAUUGAGACGGGCUGUAAUGGACUGUUCUUUUGCUGCAUGCACCAGAGGUUGGCUGGCCGACGGUACCGUUAGGACAAUGGUGUGCAGUAAGACAGGCAGCAACCAGCAGAGUGUGAAAGCUAUCGAUGUUAACAUUGAAAAUGAUCCCUCUCCAAGUGGCAGAUACAAUGCAUUUUGUGUAAAAGAUGAAGACAAACCAUGUGGGGACCCCCCAUCCUUCCCUCACACGAUCCUGCAUGGUCACACUGGGUUUGAAAUGGGGGAUGAGCUGCUAUAUGUUUGUGCUCAGGGCUACGUCAUGGGCAACAAAGAGACUGCUUUUACGCUGCUCUGUGACAGCUGUGGGGAAUGGUACGGGCAAGUUCAGGCCUGUGUCAAAGAUGAGACUGAGGCACACAUUGACUAUGAAGAUAAUUUUCCCGAUGACAGGUCUAUGCCUGUGGCUGAACACGAGGAAGAGCCUGGCAAAGAGGAAGGCGAGGAGGAACAAGAGCAGGAGUUUUCCCACCCUAAAGAAACAGAGGCAGAAAAUGUUGGAAGCAGCAAAGAUGUUACGCAGGGUAUAGAUUCUACUGAGAAAGGAAGCAAGGCACCAACUGAAUCACCUGUGUCACUGCUGAGCCAAAAACACUUGUUUUGGUUCCCUGCAGAGUCUUUCAAUGAGCCUGAAUCUGACAAAGACACAAAUGAUGCCACUAAAACACAAUUUUCUGAUGGCAACAACCACAUUGGAGUGAAAACCAUCUAUAAUGAACCUGGCAACAAAAUGAUUUAUGACAGCAAGGAUUUCCCCAUUGGACCUGUUCUUGUGAACAAUGAUACGAAGGCAAUGAAAGAUACAGUCACCAAUACUGAUGAAUCCUGGUUAGAUGGUUACCCUGUAACUCAGGAAGCAGUGGAGGAUGACGAAGAGGAAGAUAAGGUUGAUGGAUCAAUGGGAACAGAAGAUGACAUUAUCCUUACAACUGAUCAACCAAAUCAUGUUGAAGUUAGGAAAGCAGGCAACAGUAAUCCAGCUCCAGACAAGGAUUUAACACAGAUUGUGGCAGCCCCAACAAGGAUGCGUGAUUAUGGGAUCAAAGAAAUACCAUUAGUACUAACACCAACUAGUGCUCCCGAGAACGUGAGUGCUAGCAAGGGCUCUGAGGAUGUGAUCAGGUAUCACCCAACUACAUCUUUGGGAUUUGUGACUCAGGAGUCUACUACAACAACUACACAGCAUGACCGCCCUAACUUGAAAACUGCUACAUUGAAAACCUCUACAACAGUCAGUCCCAUUGACCACAUUCCAUAUCCAGAGACAGAAGAAACAACAGCAUUCUCAACACAAGCAGCAACCACUAUACCAACUCGGGAGGUCUUUACUGACUCAUUGUCUAAUGAAUUUCUUGAGCAAGAAAAUCUCACUUAUGGCACAGGAGAAAAACUUCUCCCCACUUCUGAACCUUGUGUAGGAGAGGAUUGUCCUAGCCCAAAUAAAGAUCCCAUGAUAGCUAUCAUUGUGAUUGUUCUAUGUUUGUUACUGUUUGCAUCGAUACUGGCGGUGUGGUGUUUCAAAAAACGGCAACAGAAGAGUUCUGUAUAUAAAUUGAACGGAAAAGGUCAGGCUAGACAUCCCCAUCACCACCAACAGAUUGAAAUGCAGAAAGUCUAACCUGCUACCUGUUUUUUAGCAGACACUAGGAAAGCAAGAAAAAAAGUCACAUGGAUGGUGGACACUGAAACCCAUCAGUGCAGGAAGCAGGGGGCAAAAAAACAAACAAAGAAACUAAAAAACCUGUGUGGGAAAGAAGGAAGUUCAGCUGUUUGAAAUCACAACUUAAUAUAUCUUGACAUUUCAGUGUUAAAGAAUCUGUACAUUUUUACCAUAUGGGUCUUUUUGGAGAUCUCAGCAAAAAAGAAUGUGUUUGGUAGCGCAACUGGAGAUCAUCCAGCAUUUACAUUUUGCUCAUAUUAAUUAAUAAAAGCAAAUUCUUUGUCUACGACAAGCCAAUGGCAGGACUGGUCAGACCUUUCUGCUUUACUCUCAGUGAGCCAGGCAAAGAGAUGCGGGGCAAAAGUCUCUCUUUGAGCUACCACAUAUGUUGGUGUUUGUUAUUUCUUUUAGAACUAACCAAAUUUGUCAGGGUAGACCAAAACCAAUGAUUACAUGGCAUAUCAUGUGAGGAAAAAUAUUUGGUACAGCAUGUUAAUGUAAUGGGUGAUAUUGCAUUUGGAGAGAUGAUCACUAAGGUACUUUUCUUCAAUGUUGUGAAAUUUUCUUGAAGCAUGUUAACCAAACAUGUAGGACAUUAGAAUAUUUUGGGGUUAGGGGGUGUUGUUUUAACCUUAGGAAAGAAAUGCCUUUUUUGGUAUUAAUAUUUUUUGUAGAAGUAAUGCUUUCUCACUGGAAUUGAGAUAAUACAAAUACUAGAAAACUCCAUUCUUCCUUUAAAAGUAAGCAAGCACUGUGGUAGUCACUGCAUUCCUCCUUUCAGGUGCUAUGAUUAGUCCCUUACUCAUCAAGGACCCAGACAGGAAUAAAGACCUUGGCAGGAAAAUACAUCUAAAGUAAUUUGUUCUUCUGAGUAAUAGUGCUUUAAGACCAACUGAUGAAGAUGUUGAAUUUAAAUACACAGCCUAUAAUGUAUGAAUUAAAAAUGUUAUGUAAAAUAUAUUUGCCACAUUAUUCUAUGGGAUGACUGAAGUACACUUGUAUACUCAAAUAUGUUUAAAAAAAAUAGAUCUUGGGGUCAGAUGGUUCUCUGAAAAACUUCUGUUCAACGUGCAGCAGCAGUCAAAAAACCUAACAAUGUUAGGAACCAUUAGGAAAGGGACAGAUAAUAAGACAGAAAAAUAUGUCAUGAUAUAAAUCUACUCCAUGAUAUAUAGGUACUCCAAUACCUAGAAUACUGUGUGCAGUUCUGGGUACCCCAUCUCAAUAUAUAUAUAUAUAAAAAUUGGAAAAAGCAUG